AUGUCGCUGACACCGGGAGGUUUCAGAGCCUUUGGCGAUGCAUUUCCGGAAGCCUCCCCAAGCGCCCUUGUCAUCGGGACGCCCGUCGUAGUAGGCCCUAGAGCGGCCAGGGUUCAGCAGGGGACUCUGUCAGUAGGGACACCUGCUCUUUCCCAGUCUGAGCUGCUUCGCAAGACGAAUGGGAGGGAAGCAGCCUCCCCGGUAGCCUCUCCUCUGCGCCAGGUUCCGGACAGCGUCUUCGAAGUGGCAGCAGUUUCUGCGGAUGCGGCUGAUUCCAUAAAAAGUAUAUCCUUUACUGGACAGAGAACUAAGACGCCAGACAGCGCGAGCGAUAAUAUAGAGCAAUCGAAUACAACGGACGACCUUAUUCCUUCAGCUUUGGCUCAUACUGGCUCGGAUACUUCCAGUUCUUCACAAAAAAUGAUGCCACCAUCGGCGUCAGAGAAUAUCCUCGUUAAUAAAGAUAUCAAUAAAGUGGGAAUGAUUCUAAGCGAUUCUACUGUACAAGCGGACCAGGGACCCCAGAAGCAACUUUCUGAUUCUGAAAUUUUUAUGACAACCAUCCUAGGACCUAUUUCAGGAACCGAUUUCGUGAUCAUCGAUAAGCUCCGAGUCCCCAACGCUCCGAAGCCUCGAAUUGGCUCCCAGCAGUUGGUGCCACAACCGGUGCCGCUGAAAGGCCAGCCUCCCCCAGUUAUCAUGGGCCUCCACACCUCCGGAAGGCCACCUCGGAAACACAAGCUCAGUCAGGAAAUCAGGCCUCUCCAGCCUCUAGGAAUCCACCUCCUGAACCUGGUGCCUUUCAGAGGAAACAGCAAAAGCAUCAACUCCAAUGGACCAGUUCCGAAACCCAUGCGCAUCGUUGGCGCUCCGAACUUGGAGAACUUCUACCGGCCCGCCACGCUAGCCCAGACAACCCCAUCCCCCUUCAGAUUACCGAGACCCAUAAGAGACUAUGACUACCAAUACUACGACUACCAGUACUAUGAUUACGCUGAAAAUGACGGUGAUAAUGCAAGUGGAGGCCCGAGCAAGAGCACGAGAAGAAACAACAGGCAAAACCAAGACAGCAGUGAUGAGAGCUCGGCUGAACCUGACUUUGUGGAUAGUGAGGAGAAGGAUGACUGAGGCAGCGCCAUGGCUCUCGUGUAGUCUGUUCGUUCAAUAAAAUGUGAUUUUUACUUUAA